UGGGUUAAUCGUUCAACUGACAGCGACGUCGCCAGAUGCGGCCAAACAAAAUUCAGAUUAUGAAUCGCUUGCUCCGAGUAUUUGUCGUGCGACCAUUGCCGAUGCUCAAGGUGCGCAGCACAAACAAAGUGCUUUCGGUGUUUUUUUAGUUUUUCCGUGCGGUUUUGAGUGCGUGAAACUUUGUUAGGCACGGCUAAUUAUAUGUGAGCGAAUCGUCGCGUUUGUCAUGUUUUAUUAGUAGCCACUACUCAUAGCAAAAAUAAUGUACUGCACUACACGUCUGCUGCGUUACAUACUCUGUGUCAUCAAUUUGAUUUAUGCUUUGAACGGCUGCCUGCUGAUCUGGUAUGGCACCUGGUUGUUGGACAGCAUUGCCGAGCAGCAAAAUUUCGUUGAUCAUGGCGAGAAACUGGCUUCCAUAUUGUGCAUUCUUUUAGGCAUAGUCAUUAUAAUAGCCAGCGUAUUUGGCACUGUGGCCCUGAUCAAGGACUGCAAGAAGAUGCUUAUAAGUUACGCAGUGCUAUUAAUAGUGCUGUUGGUUAUACAGUUCGUCAUGUUCAGUAUUAGCUUUGCGGCCAGCCGCGAUGCCUUGCCGAACAGCUUGAAACAGGGCUUCGAUGAGCUGUGGGAUCCACAGCACAGACUCAACAGCACGCUCAACAUUUACGAGGAGUGGUUACACUGCUGUGGUCGCAACAGCCCCGAGGAUUAUAUUAUAUUGGAGCGUUAUCUGCCUGCCAGCUGUUGCCUUGAGCGUGACUGCACGAAUCCUUUGAAUCUUUUCAAGGACGGCUGUGAGCAGAAGUUCAAGCAAUAUGUUAGCAGAAAAACAGCCAAUUUUCAUACAAUCAGCUGGUUUACCAUACUGACUGAGUUUAUGGGCUCUGUGGCCACCUGCUAUUUGGUGGAUAGCAUACGAAAUCAUCGAGAUCGCGUGCGUUUCUAUAAUUAAGCUGUUCCGUUGAUUAUUAUUGUCCCACUGUAGACGUAUUAUAAUUAUGCUUAGCCAUUGUGCCAUUGUGAUUUGUAAUUUAGUACAGUUAGAAAAAGAAAAAAGUUGUUUUACUAUUUUCAUUGAUAAAAAUAUCAAUGCCAUCGAAAUGCGUUGUAAAACCCAAAACU